AUGGAGUCAAUCCAAACAUCAGCGGGCAUUGAUGCCCCCUCCAAGGCCAGCCCUGAAAGCUCCCAAUAUGACAUCGUCUGCGUCGGCUUUGGCCCUGCAGCCCUCGCAAUUGCAAUCGCGAUGCACGAGCGAGGAUCCUCAAACACAAAUAAUGUCUUGUUUCUCGAACGUCAAGCAGAAUUCGGAUGGCAUACCGGUAUGCUUCUCCCCGGCACAAAGAUGCAAAUCUCCUUCAUGAAGGACUUGGCCACUAUGCGCAACCCGCAGUCGUACUUCACAUUUGUGAAUUAUCUACACAAACACAACAGACUUGCAAAUUUUAUCAAUUUGUCUACACAGACCCCGUUCCGUGAGGAGUUCAAUGAUUACAUGAAGUGGUGCGCUUCGCAUUUCGGGGAUCAGGUGAAAUACAACCAAGAAGUCUUGAAAGUGAGUCCAGGACAAAAGACCGGUUCGACUAUUGAUUCCUUCUGGGUCACUGCGCGCGACGUUGAAUCUGGUGAUGUGCAACGGAUUAGCGCGAAACAUGUCAUUGUAGCCAAUGGUGGGGAAUACUCUAUUCCGGAAGGACUCAAGAGCCCCGAUAUUAGCGAUCGAGUUGUGCAUUCAUCUCAGUAUCUCAAACAAGUGCCGCGGAAAUUCCGGGACGAGAAUGCCGAGUACCGAUUUGCUGUUGUCGGAGGGGGACAAAGUGCAGUUGAGAUAUCCGAGGAUUUGCAAUCUCGAUAUCCGAAAUCUCGAGUCUCGCUCAUUUUUAGAGAUUCUGCCUUGAGACCGAGCGAUGACAGUCCGUUUGUCAACGAAAUUUUCGAUCCCGCCAGCGUCGAUGAAUUCUACUCCCUCGGCUCAGCCCACCGCCAACAAAGCUUGAAGAAGAACAAAGCUACAAACUACAGUGUCGUCAGACUUCCUCUAAUUGAACACAUUUACGAAAAAAUAUACCGUCAAAGGCUCCUCAAGCCUGAUCCUCGAGACUGGACCUUGUCUCUUUACCACAACAGCGAAGUCUUUGGCGCUAAUAUAUCGAAAUCGGGCAAUGCAUUGAACCUCCGGCUGAAAAACACAAUAACAGGCGAGACGAAGGUUACUGAGCAAGCUUAUGAUCUUGUGGUUCUUGCUACUGGAUACCAGAGGAAGCCCUUUGCUGGUAUACUGAAGGACUUGAAACCUCUAUUGCUUUCUACAUCGGAAGAGAAUGGGUCGUUCGUGCAGAGGAAUUAUCGUCUACUUUUCAAGCCUGGAUCAGUGGUGCGUGAUGCUGCAAUUUGGAUGCAGGGAUCUUGCGAGACUACACACGGAAUAAGCGAUACCCUCCUAUCAAUACUUGCUGUUCGAGCGGAUGAACUGUUGGAUUCCAUCAAUGCCAGCAGGAAAAGUGUGGAAAAUAAAGCCAGACUAUAG